AUGUCUUUCUGGAGACCAUUCGAAAAGCAAAUCAAAGUGGAACGAACAGAAGAUAAUACUGAAGAGAAUACGGAAUGUUAUGUGCAGAAGUUACAACACAUGGUGCACAACAUAUCUCGUGAAGACUUGGGCUCGUUCGCGAGCGUAUCUCCCCCGGCCAGCUCGACGUCCUCGAGCCAUCAUGGAGAAUUCGGGACCAGGGACCAGCCCGGGCUGAGCAGCAGCGCACACUGGGAGCCACACUGGUUCGAAACAGAUGCUGCAUUUGCAACCUAUCCCACCCAUUCUGCGAGCCCUGCAUUGAUGAGCAGCCCAUAUUGGACACCGCAGCCAGAUAUAGCCACACCUAUACCAGGCUACUAUGAGCAUGCAGAGGUCAGCACGUCCCCUGUGAAGAGGAAGCAGAAGCGGCCGUUCACAGCGAUGACAGCCGCAUUGCCAGUGCCAUCCGGGUCGGCGCCACCGGAUGUGAGGUACGAGGCUUUCCGGUCGGCCAUGUUGGACGCCAUCCGCGCGCGCAACGGCGGCAGCCUGUCGGCGAGCAACCCGCGCAUGCGGCGCGCGGUGCGGGGCGCGGCGGCGGCGGGGGCGGGGUACCAGGCGCGCAGGGAGCGCAACAACGCGGCGGCCAAGCGCAGCCGCGACCUGCGCCGGGCGAGGGAGGACGAGCUGGCCAUCCGCGCCGCCUUCCUCGAGCAGGACAACGCACAGCUGCGACGGCAGAUCCACGCGGCUGCCCUCUGCACAGAUUGUCACACAAGUUUUGAUUAGUUAAGAUUCUUAUUCUGUAGAUAUAAAUAAGUACUAAAACUGUAAUUAUAAUUUAUCCAGAAUCAAACAUUGUAAAUAAAAUUGUAAGCAGUUAAGGUUAGGUAUUUAAGUAGGC